AUGGAUGACCACCUGAGUCUCCUCCGCUCUCCUCCGCCUUCCUCCUCCUCCUCCUCCUCCUCCAGGCACCGGAGCGACGGCACGCAGGUGAACCGCGGCUACACCGACACGGAGCGCGAGGACACCAUGACGGUGGUGGCGUGCGGAGAGAGCCCCGCGGAGGAGCCUGCGCUCGAGCGCUACGAGCCGCAGCACGAGUGUUGUGAGCGCGUGGUGAUUAACAUCUCCGGCCUGCGCUUCGAGACGCAGCUCAAGACGCUCGCGCAGUUCCCGCAAACUUUACUCGGAGACCCGAAAAAGCGCAUGCGCUACUUCGACCCGCUCCGCAACGAGUACUUCUUCGACCGCAACCGACCGAGUUUUGAUGCCAUCCUGUAUUACUAUCAGUCCGGCGGCCGCAUCCGGAGACCCGUCAACGUUCCCAUAGACAUCUUCUCCGAGGAGAUCCGCUUCUACGAGCUCGGUGAAGAAGCCAUGGAGAAAUUCCGGGAGGAUGAAGGAUUUAUUAAAGAAGAAGAGCGUCCUUUACCGACCCGCGAGUUCCAGAGGCAGGUGUGGCUCUUGUUCGAAUAUCCGGAAAGUUCAGGUCCGGCGCGUGCCAUCGCCAUCGUCUCGGUGCUCGUCAUCUUGAUCUCCAUCGUCAUCUUCUGCUUGGAGACGCUCCCCGAGUUCAGAGAGGACGAUGACCGAGAGCCAGCCGUAACCGCCACCAUGUUGAACUCCACCACGGCAGUGCUCCCGAGCCCCUUCUCGGACCCUUUCUUCGUCGUGGAGACGCUUUGCAUCAUCUGGUUCUCGUUUGAGCUCCUGGUGAGGUUCUUUGCGUGCCCGAGCAAGGCUACGUUCUCCAAGAACAUCAUGAACAUCAUUGACAUUGUGGCCAUCAUUCCGUAUUUCAUAACGUUAGGGACGGAACUCGCGGAACGCCAAGGGAACGGUCAGCAAGCUAUGAGUUUGGCCAUUCUCCGAGUGAUCAGAUUGGUGCGUGUGUUCAGGAUCUUCAAACUCUCACGACACUCCAAGGGCCUUCAGAUUCUGGGUCAGACACUCAAGGCGAGCAUGCGGGAACUGGGCUUGCUCAUCUUCUUUCUCUUCAUCGGAGUCAUCCUGUUUUCCAGUGCCGUCUAUUUCGCAGAAGCUGACGACCCGGACUCAGGCUUUAACAGCAUCCCGGAUGCCUUCUGGUGGGCUGUGGUGACCAUGACCACGGUGGGAUACGGAGACAUGCACCCUGUGACAAUCGGGGGCAAAAUCGUCGGCUCAUUGUGUGCCAUCGCAGGCGUCUUGACUAUCGCUCUUCCUGUCCCGGUUAUUGUCUCAAACUUCAACUACUUCUAUCACCGGGAGACAGAAGGAGAGGAGCAGGCGCAGUAUCUACAUGUCGCAAGCUGCCAGCCGCUCUCGUCCUCGUCCGAGGAGCUGAAAAAGACUCGCUGCUCGUCCUCAUCCUCGCUCAGCCGAUCCGAGUACAUGGUGAUCGAAGAAGGAGCCUUCACCCAGCCCAACUUCCCAUCUCAGAACAACCAGAACUGCGUCCAUAUCAAAAAGAUCUUCACAGACGUUUAA